GGCUACUAAGGUCACCUAGCACCUUCCUCCCACUCCUAUAUCACAUGUCCAGCCCCAGCCAAUCAGAGCUGGGAGGCGGGAAGGCAACAGCAGCCUCCCCUUUUCCCUGCCCUCCCCGAGGGCUCGGGGGCGGCGCGAGCGUGGAAGGGGCGGAGAGGGGCUUCAGAGCCGAGUAGCCUGGCAACUCUGGUGGCUCCUUGAGCCUGAGAUAUCAGAGUGGCAAGGACUGUCAUUUGCCUAGAAGUUUCUAGGAUGGCUUCUGCAUCAACAUCUAAGUGUAAUUCACACUCCUUGGAGAAUGAAUCUAUUAAGAUGGUAUCUCAAGAUGGAGUCAGUCAGGAUCUCAGUAAGAGUGUUUCUCAACUCCCAGGGGAAACACUAAUUACCGACAAAGAAGUUAUUUACAUAUGUCCUUUCAAUGGCCCCAUUAAGGGAAGAGUUUACAUCACAAAUUACCGUCUUUAUUUAAGAAGUUUGGAAAUGGAUUCUGCUCUAAUACUUGAUGUUCCUCUGGGUGUGAUAUCAAGAAUUGAAAAAAUGGGAGGCGCGACAAGUAGAGGAGAAAAUUCCUAUGGUCUAGAUAUUACUUGUAAAGAUUUGAGAAACCUGAGGUUCGCAUUGAAGCAGGAAGGCCACAGCAGAAGAGAUAUGUUUGAGGUCCUCACAAGAUAUGCCUUUCCUCUGGCACACAGUCUGCCAUUAUUUGCAUUUUUAAAUGAAGAGAAGUUUAAUGUGGAUGGAUGGACUGUUUAUAAUCCAGUUGAAGAAUACAGAAGGCAGGGCCUACCCAAUCACCACUGGAGGAUAACUUUCAUUAAUAAGUGCUAUGAACUCUGUGACACAUACCCUGCUCUUUUGGUGGUUCCCUAUCGGACCUCAGAUGAUGACCUCAGGAGAGUUGCAACUUUUAGAUCCCGAAAUCGGAUUCCUGUACUGUCAUGGAUUCAUCCAGAAAACAAGAUGGUCAUUAUGCGCUGCAGUCAGCCUCUUGUCGGUGUGAGUGGUAAAAGAAACAAAGAUGACGAGAAAUAUCUGGAUGUGAUCAGGGAAACUAACAGACAAAUUUCUAAGCUCACGAUUUAUGAUGCACGACCCAGUGUAAAUGCAGUGGCCAACAAGGCAACAGGAGGAGGAUAUGAAAGUGAUGAUGCAUAUCAUAACGCCGAACUUUCUUUCUUAGACAUUCAUAAUAUUCAUGUUAUGCGUGAAUCUUUAAAAAAAGUGAAAGACAUUGUUUAUCCCAACGUUGAAGAAUCUCAUUGGUUGUCCAGUUUGGAGGCUACUCAUUGGUUAGAACAUAUCAAGCUUGUUCUGACAGGAGCCAUUCAAGUUGCAGACAAAGUUUCUUCAGGGAAGAGCUCAGUGCUUGUGCACUGCAGUGACGGAUGGGAUAGGACUGCUCAGCUGACAUCCCUGGCCAUGCUGAUGCUGGACAGUUUCUACAGGAGUAUUGAAGGCUUUGAAAUAUUGGUACAAAAAGAGUGGAUAAGUUUUGGACAUAAAUUCGCAUCUAGAAUAGGUCAUGGUGAUAAAAAUCAUGCUGAUGCUGACCGAUCUCCUAUUUUUCUUCAGUUUAUUGACUGUGUGUGGCAGAUGUCAAAACAGUUCCCCACAGCUUUUGAGUUCAAUGAACGCUUUUUGAUUACGAUCUUGGAUCAUCUGUACAGCUGUCGAUUUGGUACUUUCUUAUUUAACUGUGAAUCGGCUCGAGAAAGACAGAAACUUACAGAAAGAACAGUUUCUGUAUGGUCGCUAAUUAAUAGCAAUAAAGACAAAUUCAAAAACCCCUUCUAUACAAAAGAAAUCAGUCGGGUUUUAUAUCCACUUGCCAGUAUGCGCCACUUGGAACUGUGGGUGAAUUACUACAUUCGAUGGAAUCCCAGAAUCAAGCAACAACAGCCCAACCCAGUUGAGCAGCGUUACAUGGAGCUCUUAGCCUUGCGUGAUGAUUAUAUAAAGAGGCUUGAGGAAUUGCAGCUUGCCAACUCUACCAAGCUUUCUGAUCCCCCUGCUUCACCUUCCAGUUCCUCACAGAUGAUACCUCAUGUGAAAACUCACUUCUGAGGGGAUCACUGGCACUUCACUUGAGCUCUAGAUAAGUGAAAUAGUUGACUUUCAUUUUGGUCAUGUGUACAAAGUAGAUUUAAAAUAUCUGCCUCCAUUUAGAAGUUAAACUAACAUCUUAGACUCUUGAGUAUGUGCCUUCUGUAAUACAUAUUACAAGAAAUCCAUGGUGUCUGUGUGGCAAUGCGAAGAAAGGAGUCAAAAGGAGGUUCUGGAAAAUCCUCACAAUUUUUUACAAAGCACUUUUGCUAGGAUAAAAAUUUAAAUUUAAUUUACCUCUAUAUAAAUGCUACAUAUACAGUAUGUAUUUUGUGGGCUUAAUUGAAACAUUAUUUUAAAUCCAGGGGGGAAAUGUGUUUGUAAAAUGGAUUUUCCUGCAGCUGCUUACAACAGUUGCUUUGGAUUAUCUAAAAUGAAUCCAAAUGUGAAAGAUGGGUAUUACUGCCAAAGCCAAAUUGCACUCUGCUUCCUCGGCAGAUUCCAAGAGCAAGGCAUUGAAAUAAUUGCCAAUUUUUAUGCCACCAUAAGUGGUAAUGUAAGAAAAAAGAUGAGCAUUUCAUCAUUUUGAAAUUUUGAAAAUAAAAGAAAGGUUCUCCCAUCAUUUUUCCAAGAGAAGCAUAUUUUUCUAUAUUUUUUUAAAAAGUGAUGUGAUUUGAUUUUUCUCCUUAACUUUGCCAGCUCUACUUUCUAAAUUCCCCCCAUGAGCUUGUCUAACACUGAGUCAUGCUCAGGUUGAGGCAAACCCCAAAUAUAGCACUGUGUGAGGAUGUCAGCUGCCUUCUGCUGCUUAGGUAAAUAUUUUUGCAAACACACCUAGUCAGUGCAGCUUAUCUGCCAAAGUGUAGGUUUCACCGUCUUGGAUGGAUGAGCUAUGGAUAGAGCAUCUUUCUUUAAAAUAAUGAGGUGUACAUUUUUCAGUGUAUUCUUGAAAGUAUUCUGUUUAUGUAUCUCUGUUUAAAUGGUGUUGGGUUCCUCCUCCAUGUGCAUGCAUAAAAACUGGUUCUGCACAUUGUUACUUGAAAUACUGGGCAGUUUAUUUUUUCAGUUUUUUUCAUUUUGUUUUAUAGUAUGAAGUGAAAUUUUAAAUGCACAGUUCUAUUUGAUAUCUGAACUAAUUCAUUUAGUAAAUAUAUUUGUAAAAGCUAAAGCUAGAGCUAAAGCAAUUAAUGGUUUACUGUAAUUUAUAAAGAUUAUUUAUAGCUAAUAUGGUUUUGUUUUCAGUGAAUUAUGAGAGAUUAAAAUUAUCAUUGUAAAUUAUUUUAUGUCAUAGCUUACCAGUCUACCAAAUAAUACAUCUCAAAUAUAGUAGUGUAAUGUAUGAACUUUGUAAGCAUAAACAAUGUAUUAGAUAUUCUUUUGCUUUUUGUAAAUGCUGUAAAUAUUUCAUAAAUUAAAAAAGUGUCACUCUAUAAAAAGAAUGCUAAUGCCAAUAAUUCAAAGGACUUUGUGAAAUUUCAUGAAAACAUUUUCAUGACAAAAGUAUUAAAGACCUGCUAUAAUAAAUGUAUUUACUAAAACCUAA